AUGGGUGGAAUGUCGAUCGGGAGUGGGAGGAGAAUUAUGAGGAGAGGAGAGGAAAGAGAGCGAGUUAAGAGGAAGGAGGAGGAGGAGGCCCGAAGCUCAAACGCAGCCAGAAAGCGGCGAAUGCAACAUGUACGCACUAGAGGCACUACUGUAGGUGAUAUCUCAACACAGACCAUCACCAAGCUCAACAAAGAGAUCAUCUCUCAGCAUACUUCAACGCAAGCACUCAACAAGCUCCUCAAGCAAAACAAGGGUCCCAUCUGCGUGCCGCCCUACUGUACGGUACUGCCUGGUGUCUCGGCUAUGCCUUGA